AUGCCUCCUCAAAUUAAGCAUGACCUGAAUCGCUCGGGAUGGGAGUCGACCGACUUUCCGUCUGUCUGCGAGAACUGUCUCCCGGAGAACCCAUAUGUGCAGAUGAUUAAGGAAGAUCAUGGCGCAGAGUGCAAGAUUUGUACACGCCCAUUUACUAUCUUCCGGUGGAAGGCCGAUCGAACCUCACGACAGAAGCGAUCGAUUAUCUGCCUGACAUGCGCGCGCCUGAAGAACUGCUGCCAAUGCUGCAUGCUCGAUCUUUCGUUCGGUCUGCCCAUUGUCGUCCGUGAUGCUGCCCUCAAGAUGGUCGCCCCGGGUCCGGAAAGCUCUAUCAAUCGUGAAUUUUACGCGCAGAACCACGAAAAGGAAAUUGAAGAAGGCCGCGGCGCUAUUGAAGAAUAUGAAAAGACCGACGACAAGGCUCGCGAGCUUUUGCGGCGCCUCGCCAACAGUGAACCGUACUAUCGCAAGCCGCGUCGGAUCGACGGUCCUACCGAAAAAGAGGAAGCAGAGCAGUCUACAUCCACAGAUCAACCACGAACAAACAGUCGCUAUGGAAAUGGACCCGGACCGAUUCGCACUGGUGAAAGUCGCGUUGGCAACCGCCUCCCAGGCCGUGGAGGUCGUGGUGGUGGCAGUGGUCGGGGUGGUCGUCCAUUCCCUAGCACCGCACAACUGCCGCCCUCGGCUGAAGACAUUCGUCCUCCUGCGGACCCUAAUGUUCUUUCUCUCUUUGUCACAGGUGUGGAGGAUGACCUCCCCGAACACACCUUACGCACUUUCUUCAGCAAGUUUGGUCAGCUCCGAUCUCUCAUUUGCUCUCAUCGCUCCCACUGUGCCUUUAUCAACUACGUAACUCGCGCCGAUGCCGAAGCUGCGGCAGCCCACUGCCAAGGCAAAGCUAUCAUUGAAGGUUGUCCGCUCCGUGUCCGCUGGGGUAAGCCCAAGUCUCUUGACAACUUGGAUCGCGAGGAGCGGAUGGCAAACGCUCGCGAGGGCCGCCAGACCGUGGGAUCCGUUGGCAAGGGAAAGCAAGUCGACAGACGAGCUGUCACUGCAGGAGAGGGUGCUGACCAAGAACAAACUCGGACACACGUUGUUGCACCACCACCUGGAUCCGGUGAGGUUCAGUACGCCAGCAUGAACGGCGACUGA